AUGUUCGACGAGCAGGUGUCCACAUACUUGUGGUCAUGUAGUGUAUUUAAUCAUGGCUGCAGCUGAGUGUUCAGAAACAUCUAAUGAAAUUAAUUAGGCUACAAUAUGUUGAAAUAUUAAGAGGUAAAGAAAAUAACGCUAUCCGUGCACUGUUAUCCAUUAUGACGUUUGCAGAUAUUUUUCGAGUCAGCAGGAUUAGGACACCAGGAAAUAAAAUAUCACAUUACGAGAUUCGCUUAUGCAAAGUCAGUUCUUUGCCCGCGUGGUCAGACAUCGGUCUGUCCCCACCGCGAGAGCAAAAAGAUGGCUAAUACUGUGGAUGAGGACGAGCAACAACCAUCUGCUGCUGAAUGUAAGAUCAUCAGAGUUACUGUGAAAACACCAAAUGAAAAUGAGGAAAUCGCCAUUCCAGAGAACAGCUCCAUCAAACAGUUUAAGGCGCAGAUAGCCCAGCGGUUCCAGGCACAAACAGAGCAGCUGGUGCUCAUCUUCGCUGGGAAGAUCCUCAAAGAUGCAGAUCUGCUGAGUCACCAAGGCAUCCACAACGGACUGACCGUCCACCUGGUCAUCAAGACCCAGAGCAGGCCUCCGGAGUUGUAUGCCUCUCCUUCCAACAGCACUGCCUCAGAACAGGCCCAACCAGAAGGCCCUACCUCUGUCCCUGGACCCCCUCCUGUAGAACCUACCUCUGUCCCUCGACCCUCUCCUGUUUCUUCAGCCACCCCUACCCUCAGCCUUGGUCUAGGCAAUCCAGGGACAGCUGCUGCGGGGCCUGGUCUCGCUGAGCUGCAGAGGCAGCUGAUGUCCAACCCUGAGCUGCUGGCCCAGAUUAUGGACAGUCCCUUGGUCCAGGGCAUGCUGUCCAACCCAGACAUGAUGAGACAGCUCAUCAUGGCCAACCCCCAGAUGCAGCAGCUGCUGCAGCACAACCCCAACAUCACCCACCUGUUCAACAACCCUGAUGUCAUGAGACAGACCCUGGAGAUAGCACGGAACCCGACCAUGAUGCAGGAGAUAUUGCGCAACCAGGAAAGGGCACUAAGCAACAAUGCCGUCCGCAGGAUGUACACUGAUGCUCAGGGACCCAUGCUGAAUGCUGCUGCUCAGGAACAGAUUGCAGGAAACCCUUUUGCUUCUCUGAUGACAUCAGGGGAAACCCAGUCACCCCGGGUGGAAAAUGGAGACCCCCUCACCAACCCCUGGGUUCCCCCUGCUUCCACAGACACCGCCACACCCACCACUACCCCCACCCAGUCCAGCAAUGGCCCUCAGACCACCCUGCACAACCUAGGUCCCGCCAUGGGAGGUAGAACAUUUAACAGUGCAGGUAUGUUCAAUAGUCCGGGCAUGCAGAGUCUUCUGCAGCAGAUCACGGAGAACCCCACGCUGAUGCACAACAUGAUGUCAGCCCCCUACAUGAGGAGCCUACUCAACAGCCUGAGCCAGAACCCUGACCUAGCAGCACAGAUGAUGCUGAACAACCCACUGUUUUCUGGGAACCCUCAACUGCAGCAGCAAAUGAGACAACAACUCCCAAUGUUCCUCCAACAGAUGCAGAACCCUGAGAUGCUGUCGGCCAUGUCCAACCCCAGGGCCAUGCAGGCCCUGCUGCAGAUCCAACAGGGACUGCAGACCCUUGCCACUGAGGCACCUGGAUUCAUACCAGGGGUUGGACUGGGAGGCGCUGGCUCAGAUCUUAACCCUGCCCCUGGAUUGUCAUCAGACCCCGCCCCUAGUGACCUCAGCAGUGGGUCCCAGGUAGUCAUGGAAACGGGUCAGCGGCAACAACAACAGUUUGUGCGUCAGAUGCUAGACGCUCUCGCUAGCACCAAUCAGCAGGCUCAGACUGAAGAGCUGCCUUUCCAGCAGCAGGUGGAGCAGCUGACGACCAUGGGCUUCCUCAACCCAGAGGCCAACCUGCAGGCCCUCAUCGCUACCGGGGGAGACGUCAACGCUGCCGUAGAACGACUGCUGGACUCGCCACCCUUGUAAUGCACAUACAAUUAACAAAUUCACGUGCGCACACUCACUUGUACAAUCAUGCAGUUGUACGAUCAGAUGCUUGCACAUUCUUCACUCACAGAGAACUAGUGAAACAUGCACUCCUGAAUGCCAUUUAUAUUGUAUAUGUAAGCUGCUGAACUGUGAAGCGCAGGCCUGUCUGUGCUGUAUGUUCUGAAUGGCCUUAGUUGGUUCAGGCUCUAAUCUGGAUCAUGCUGGCUUCUGCCACAUUCCUUUAUGCACUAAGAGAGUCCCAUCCUAAGAGAAUCCCAUUCUAAGAGUCCUAUCCAAGGCUCUAAGAGUGAAUAUGCUGCUAGUCUCGCAUCAACAUGUAUUUCCCUGCUGCUACCAAGGCCUUAAACCCAAAUCAGGAUGCUAAUAUAACCCAAGGGUUCCCUACUGGUGACCCUUGAGAGCAUGUGUAUAGCAGUCUUAGUUGUGUGUGUGUGUGUGUGUAUAUAUGUGUAGUGUGAACAGACUGCAUUCAUAAUGCACUAAAUGCUGUGUGUUCUUUUUGCCAGUUCAUUAUGGUAUAGACUAGGGGAGGCCAGUUUUACCUCUUCAUUAUGGUAUAGACUAGGGGAGGCCAGUUUUACCUCUUCAUUAUGGUAUAGACUAGGGGAGGCCAGUUUUACCUCUUCAUUAUGGUAUAGACUAGGGGAGGCCAGUUUUACCUCUUCAUUAUGGUAUAGACUAGGGGAGGCCAGUUUUACCUCUUCAUUAUGGUAUAGACUAGGGGAGGCCAGUUUUACCUCUUCAUUAUGGUAUAGACUAGGGGAGGCCAGUUUUACCACUUCAUUAUGGUAUAGACUAGGGGAGGCCAGUUUUACCUCUUCAUUAUGGUAUAGACUAGGGGAGGCCAGUUUUACCACUUCAUUAUGGUAUAGACUAGGGGAGGCCAGUUUUACCUCUUCAUUAUGGUAUAGACUAGGGGAGGCCAGUUUUACCACUUCAUUAUGGUAUAGACUAGGGGAGGCCAGUUUUACCUCUUCAUUAUGGUAUAGACUAGGGGAGGCCAGUUUUACCUCUUCAUUAUGGUAUAGACUAGGGGAGGCCAGUUUUACCUCUUCAUUAUGGUAUAGACUAGGGGAGGUGCUCCUGUUGGAAGUGGGCUGUUACAUGGAGCCGGCCUUUGCUGACAAGUUUCUUCAAUAGCAGCCCCUCGUAUCACGCUUGCACAGCCUUGGAUAUGAGUGCAAGCUUGUAGCACUGAUAUUGAUGUAGCAGUGAUGUCCAAUCAAGAAUAAGUACGCCUGUGGCUUUAGAUUUAUUCCCAUUUGAUAAUACAAUGACUCACUAUGUAGCUCUGUUUACCUCUAUGUAGCUCUGUGCAUUUUAUUAACUCUCACAAAAUGUACUUUUGACUUGCGUGUUGUUUCAUGGUUAUUAUAGGUUGUUGUUUUAUUGUCUAAUGUUCAAACCCUCAUAGUAUGUUCUAUAUGCUCCUACGGUUAGGCUUAUAUGUGGAGCAUGAAGUGUUUUUUUUCUCUUUUCUUUCUAAACCCCAUGUUUCAUAUUUUUCAUGUCUUUAAUGUAUUCAUUGUACAAUUUAAUAUAUUAAUUGUACUGCACCACUGAAACUGGCUAGUGUGACAAAAACAAUGUGCUCUGUCCACCACUGGAGGGCACUGUUGACUCAACUCUUCUGCCUCAAGAGAAAAUAUACAAUUCAGGAGCCAUUGAAGUACUGCACAUGCAAAAAACGGGAGCAGGAAUGGAAUCUUAAUAAUAUACCUGAAUGGAUAGAGUAGAAUCUUUAGAGUGCUCAGCAAAGCAAUUACUGAAGUCACUUUCUUAGCACAUUGAUGGUACGGUGAUGAUACCAACUGCCUUGGAAAAUUGUAGCCUUCAUCUUUUUGGUUUUAGCAUUUAAUUUGUAUUCAUUCUCCUGUGUGCUGGUUAAUAAAGUGAAAUGGAAAAAAACAA